AUGAGCGUUGCAAUCGCCUCCUCAUACUCCAAUCACAUGGGAGAACCAUGGAGAGCUGCUACGAGCCAGCGUGUGCUUUCCCAGUACUGUCCUUUACCAGUUGGAUACCCUUCUGCUCAACGUAGUGAACAUCCAGCCAGCCCGGCUUCUACAGCUGUUGGCUACUCUCAGAGACCCCCUCGUCUCAUCAGUAGGAGUCAUCCAUCGCGAACUGUGCUCCAUGGUUGGCACCAAGUCGCCUUCAUGUUCCCCGACGUGUACGAUUCAGAUGACGCGUUGAAUCGCUCCCCCCGUUUGCAGCCCUCAGUAGUCAACUAUGGACCCGAUGUAUCAAUUCCUCCAUUCUUGCAGGAAAAGCAGAAGCGGGCGUCGGCAAAUGGCAAAAGGGACAGCUCGUCAAGUCCCACCAGCUCGGAAGCCGACGUCGUCUUGCUAGGUACUUUAGCACCUGAUCGGCCGGACAUUGCUAGAGAAGUAGGAGAGGGCUCGCCUCCGAUAGAUUCUGAAUCCGAAGAUGACAGCCGAACGCGUGUGGCACACAUCUCUUCCAAAUCAAAUGAAACCCAAGUCGUGGCUGCCAAAACUGCCCUUGGCCUGAUGACCGAGGAGCCUAAGCGAAACCACACCUCUUUACCAUCGAUCCAUCAACUAGUGUCUCAAGAUCCGAUUUUGGCAGAACCGCCUUUUGCUGUGCGGCAGACUUCCCCACCACGAUCCUUGCAGCCUUUGGGAAGACCUAGACAGGAUAGUCUGGCAACUUCUAACGUGGGGAAGUAUACUAUUCCUCCGCCGAACAACCUUGAUUUUCCCGCCCUUCAAGCACCUACGCCCUCAGCAGCGAGCUCUCCAGAACAUUCGCAGAGUUUGCCAUCUAUAGGUCAAGCGCUGGCAAGUCUGGAUAGCGGUGCUGCAUCAACACCCUUUGCUCCAACGCCAACUCCACAACUUUCACGAGGCCCGAGUACUUUGAGUACCAUUUCUACUGGACCAACUCUCGAAACAUCCUUUGCACCAUCGCAGAUGCCUACGCCUUACUCUCAUCCCUCCCCAAUGAGCUUGAAGGAUUUGUCGGCCACAUCGCCCCUUUCACAACCUCAAUAUGCCAUGCAUCCCCCUAGUCUUACACCCGAUACAUCCAACAUGACAGCUUAUAGCGAAGCAUCACUACGAGGAGCACCAGUCGGUAGAAGCCCUACACAUGGUUAUCCGACUCCCACGGAAGUGCGAGCAGCCGGCGAGGAACAUCCGGAUGUGUUGAUCUCAGGUCCCAGUAUGUACAAAUGUUCGUAUCCUGGCUGUACUGCUGGCGCUUUCCAGACACAGUACUUAUUAAACUCUCACGCCAAUGUUCAUUCUCAAGAUCGUCCUCAUUUCUGUCCCGUUGCUGGGUGUCCUCGCGGAAUCGGAGGCAAAGGGUUUAAGAGGAAGAAUGAAAUGAUUCGUCAUGGUCUUGUGCACGAUUCACCGGGAUAUGUGUGUCCGUUCUGCACUGACCAACAACAUAAAUACCCUCGCCCUGAUAAUCUGCAAAGACAUGUACGAGUUCAUCACGUCGAUAAGGACAAAGACGAUCCAUUAUUACGAGAUGUUCUUGCUCAAAGGCCAAAAGGUAGCGGACGGGGACGACGACGUCGUGGCCAUUCUUGA